AUGUCUCUAACUGGUAAAGUUGUAAUUGUGACAGGAGCUAGCUCAGGUAUUGGCGCUACCACAGCAGAGGCCUUUGCUAAACAUGGCGCUAAAGUGGCGAUCGUCGGACGGAAUGAAGCCAAUUUGAAGGAAACUGAAGCAGCCUGUAAAGCAGCCAACAAAAAAGUCGAGUUAUUGCUUAUCAUUGCUGAUGUAACGGUAGAUGCAGAGCGUAUUAUAAACGAAACUAUUAAGAAGUUCGGCAAGCUGGAUGUGCUAGUGAAUAAUGCUGGCAUCGGCCUAAAUGGCAGCAUAUUGGAUAUUGGUGUCGAUCAAUUCGACACGAUUUUAAAUACCAAUAUGCGUUCGGUUUUCCUUUUGACCAAAUUCGCUGCACCACAUCUAAUCAAAACGCAAGGUAAUAUUGUUAAUGUCUCGAGUGUCGCCGGUCUGCGUGCAUUUCCUGGUGCAUCUACAUACUGUACUUCAAAGGCGGCGCUUGAUCAAUUUACCAGAUGCAUUGCUCUCGACUUGGCGCCACAUAAUGUGCGCGUGAAUGCGGUCAACCCUGCUGUGAUAGUUACCGAUUUCCAAAAACGUAUGGGAAUGUCAAAGGAAGAAUAUGCAAAAUAUUUGGAACAUUGUAAAUCGACGCACGCUUUGGGACGCGUGGGUUCUACAAAAGAGGUGGCUGAUGCUAUUAUUUUCUUGGCUAGUGAUACUGCCAGCUUCAUAACGGGGACAACUUUGCCUGUCGAUGGAGGAAAAACUAUGUUGUGUCCACGUUGA